UCCUCUCAACUCUCAACGCCCGCCGCACUGAACAGUGAGACUCACUCAACUCCGUCCCUUACCUCGACUGCUCCGACAGCCUCGCGCGCCACCUCGCCUCGACAGUCCAAUGGCCGCGCGCGCGACGCGGCGCCCGGGCGUGCUCCUGCUUCUCGCCGCGCUGCUUCUCACGGCAGCUGCAAUGCCGGCGACGGCGACGCUGCACCCGGUCGACUACCUAGCGCUGCAGGCCGUGCGGCGCGCGCUCUCCGACAUGCCUGGGUCCGGCUUCUUCGCCUCCUGGGACUUCACCGGCGACCCCUGCACGUUCGCGGGGGUGUCCUGCUCCGGCGACGGCCGCGUCGUCACGCUGGCGCUCGGCGACCCGCGGGCCGGCGCGCCGGGCCUCUCGGGCGCAUUCCCCUCGGCGGCGCUCGCGCGUCUCGCCGCGCUCAGCUCCCUCUCGCUGGUCCCCGGCCGCGUCUCCGGGGGGCUCUCCCCCGCCGUCGCCGCGCUCCCCUCGCUCCGCUUCCUCGCCCUCUCAGGGAACCUCAUCUCCGGCGCCCUCCCUAACUCAUUCUCCCCCGCGCUCCGCACCGUCGACCUCAGCAAGAACGCCUUCUCCGGCAGACUGCCCUCCUCCCUGCUCCAAAUCCGGAGCCUGCGCACGCUCGUCCUCUCCCACAACUCCCUCUCCGGCGAGAUCCCCAGGGCCGUCAGCGCGCCGCUCGUCCACCUCGACUUCAGGAACAACCGCCUCUCCGGCGGCGUGCCGGCGCUCCCGGACACGGUCGUCUACCUCAGCCUCGCGGGCAACAGGCUCUCCGGCCGCGUCGGCGGCGUGCUCCGGAGGCUGAACAGGCUCUCCUUCCUCGACCUCGGCGGGAACUGGUUCUCCGGCGAGGUGCCCGGGGAGCUCUUCUCCUUCCGGAUCGGGUACCUGCAGCUCCGCAAGAACGCAUUCUCCGGCGACCUCCGCCCCGCGGGGCGGGUGCCGGCGGGCGCCACCGUCGACCUCAGCCACAACGCGCUCACCGGCCGGGUGCCGCCGGAGCUGGCCACCGCGGCCGCGGUCUACCUCAACGGGAACAAGUUCGCCGGCGAACUACCUUCGGAUAUCGCAUCGGCGGCGGAGGCCGGACGCAUGCGGGUGCUCUUCUUGCAGGACAACUUCCUCACCGGCAUCGGCGUGCGCGGCGUGCCGUCCAGCGCGGCGGUGUGCGCGCACUGGAACUGCGUCUCGCCGCCACCGGCAGUGGUUGCCGCGUGCCCCGCCAAGGGAGGCAGGGGGCGUCGCCGGCCGCCGGCGCAAUGCGGCGGGCGGAGGGGAUAAGAGAAGACAAGGUUUAAGGCUUUUGGGGGUUAGUGCCUAAUGCUGGUCUCAUUGCUCAUGAGACGGGUGAAUAACAUUUUUUUGGUAGAGUACAUAUUUUGAUGAUCUGCGUUUAGAUAGAGGACCGUAAUUUUGUCAGGGGUACACGUUGACUGUGGAUCUCGUGUGCCUCGUUGACAAAGCGAUUUAUAUAGAAAACCUUUUGUAAAGAAAAUGUUCGGUUCUGCUAUGGCAUCUCUGAU